AUGGAUUUGAUACGAGAUCAAGAUAAAAUAUUGCAGAUUCUGAAGGAGUCGGACAAUGACGAUGAUGAUUCAUCGUUGGUGCCUUCAGACUCCGAACUUGAUGACAACUUAGAGGAGGACUUGGUCGAAAAUACCGACGAAAGUGAAGAAAAAUCAAGUUUUUCUGUAGAAGAUCUGAAUGUUUCCCGGAUAAACCGUAACAGAAACAGGAUCCCAGAUUCAGAUGAUGAUUCUUUGGAGUACUUGCAGCCUUGUCCACUAAUAGUUUCUCAGGAGAACCCGGUAAUACAACCAGAGAGACCAUUAAUUUAUGAAAAAAAGAAACAAAUAUAA